AUGCGACUUCCUUCUUCACACAACAAUAAUUAUCAAGAAAAUCUUUCACAUGCCAUCCAAGAAACUUUUAAAAAGUAUAAUGUACAUUUAGAAAUGUGUCUUGGCGAUGGUUUCAUCAUGAAUGGUUUUUUGGAUUUUCUCAAGAAUGAACUAAAUGCCAGUUCUUUGGAAUUUCUUGUUAAAAUUGAUGAAUAUUCGAAUAGUCAUAAUUCGUCUACUUUCUAUUCGAAUGGCAGUAGUGUCAAUAAUGUAAAUUCACCAGCAGGAUUGCUUCCUUCAAUUCAGACAUCUACAACAACAAUAUCAACAAUUAGUAUUGGUUCUCCGUUGUCUCCAUCAGUUUCGUCCACUAGUUUCACCUCACCAGGAAGAAAGGUUCAAAGAAAGGAUUCUCUGAAGGAUUUAACAGAACAUAAUUCAAUUUUUUCACAACCCUUCAACAAUAACAAGAUAAGUAGAAAGGCCAAAGCUAAGGAAAUUAUCGACAAAUUUCUCAACGAUCAUUCAGCACAUCAAGUCAACUUGUCCAGUCAAAUAAGAGAUGCUGUAUUGAGAAAUUAUGAAAAGGAAUGUUCUAGAGGAGGUGGUGAAAAUGAUAUUAAUCCACAUUUAUUUGAUGAAGCCAGAACAGAAGUUAGUUUACAAUUGAAAUGCGACAGUUUCGUCAGAUUUUUGAAGAGUCAUUCUUUUUUCAAUUUGAUUGUGAGUAAGGUAGAGAAGGAAGUUACCUCAAAGAAUUUGGAUGCCAUUUACAAGUUUUUGAAUAUCUACUUUUCCAAGAUUGGAGAGACAAAGAAAAAUCAAGUUUCUCAAUUUAUUACAAAUAAGUCGAAUAGAGCUCUUUCUCCUGCUUCACCUGCUUCUGGUUCUGGUUCAGGUUCUGGAUCUCCAUUGGGAUUGGUUUCACCAUUGGCUGAUCUUUCAAGUGAUGAUGGUUCCAUUGACUCGGUUGAAUCAAUUACUCAUGUCAAUCAUGUUCAAACAAUGCUUUCCCUUCAUACCCUUUCUCCAAAUGGAAUAGAAACAAAAAUAUUGGAUAAUGUUAUGGAUAUUAGAGAAAAAUUCACCAAAUCUAUUGCUGAAUUGGUAGAUGAUAUUGUUACUGAGCAACAAUUUGAUUUACUUAUCGAAUUGGUCAAUAACGAAAGUUUGUGGUUGAAAGUUCACGAAGAUUCUGAAUCCUCAUGCUUUGUUUCAGAAAACAAAUUCUAUCACAACAGUAGAGGAUUGAAAAUUUAUAAGGAAGUGGGAAUUAUUGAAUCAUCUCCUGAGGAAGUACUCUUUGCAUUGACAGAUAUGAGAAUCUUGAAUAUCAUUGACGAUACCAUGUCCAAUGUGAAAUUUGAAAGAUUUGUCAAAGGACCUACCUAUGCAGUCAGCUAUUUGAGCAGUAAAAUGAAAAUGGCUUGGCCAAUGAGUGAUAGACAAUUCCUGAUUGGAACUUCCAUUAGAGACGAAACAUUUGAUUCCUACAAUGGAUAUACCAUCUUGAGAAGAAGUCACGAUUGCAAAGAGGUUCCACUCAGUAAGGGAUGCAUCAAGGGUAUCUUUCUAGGAGGCGUUGUUAUUGAGAAAUUGAGUGAAAAACACACAAGAUUCACAGCUUCAGGAUUUGUUGACAUGGGUGGCAAAUUCCCACUUUCUCUCUUUAACAAGAUUCUUUCACUAAGACAAUCAAAAGGUGUUGAAAAUGUCAAGAAGGGAAUUUCAAAGAGAAGAAACAUGCCACUUACAGAACAACAAGUCAACUCUGAAAAUUCAUUCUACUUGUUGGAUACUCUCUUCUACUCGAGAGAACACAAAACUCAACCAAACAGUAGCAGCUCUCACACUCCUUCAUUUUAA